AUGUCUACCCAAACUGCUCCGGCCGUCCCCCCGCGACCGGCUCGAUCACCAAAGCCCCCCACGUCUAUAGACAACAGCAUGCCCAAAAUCCCGGCUCGCCCAUCCAACCGCCGCAUGGACCGGUCCAUGUCUCCAAUGCGGGACAGCUAUGCUCCAUCUCCCUUCAACGAGUGGAGUGGCCCGAGUCUCAGCCGAACCACCUCGAACGAUAUUCCCCAGCGCCCUCCGAGUGUGACAAUACCCUCCCUGGGUGAAGAGGGCAUUGAGUAUGCCGAUCUCAAUGUGGGGAACAUGUCCGAUAGCCUGAACCAGGCUCCGGCGGAGACUCGCAACGUUAGCAAUGACCUUAAGAUUCAUGCUCCGAGACCCUCUCUACCCGUAUCAAGUGCUAAGGCAAAGGUGCAGGCGGUAACCCGUACGGAUUCCCGCCAGGCCGCAGCAGCCGGACUGGGUCGUGAAGCCUCUCCCGCACGCGAGGAGCCGGACCGCGCUGGCCGCUCGCUGCAUUCCCGAGCGAGCCAUUCUAGGGCCGAUUCCUCCACUGCUUCGUCUGAUCGUCGCCAUUCCGCGCAGCUCGGCGAAGAGCCCGGCUUCCGAGUUCCCAUGUACCCCAAUGCGGGUGACGUUCAGGCGCCGUCCCCGGCCCCGUCGUAUCUAGAUCAGGGCUCUCAGCAGCGCCGUGGUCGUAACCAUAACCGCAGUCGGAGUGGCCGAGACGCCUCUUUGCCCCCGGGCAGUUAUGGUCUUCAUGGACACGGUGUGCCCAAUGCCGACAAGUUCGAGAAGGCAUGGUACGAAAAGCACCCUGAGGAAUUUGUCAAGGAAGAGGGACAAUACGGCCCUGGUGUUGGCACUCCUCGUCCCGACUGGGCCUUGAGUAGUGAUGACUUGAAUAAGAUUAUUAGAGCUCCAGCUUCAGCUGGUUCUGGUAGCGGUGCCUCGCCUGCUGCUGUUGGUACUCCGGAAGAGGAGGUUGGCUACCUUGCUUCAGAUGAAUAUAUGCACCGCAUUGCAUCACCAGCGCCGGAUUCUCGAUUCGAUUCUCAGCCAGCCGUGGAGUCCCCUCUGCGAAAGAUGAGUUUCCCCGUUUCGGAGACUCAGCCGAAGAGCCCUAUUCGACCCUUGUCGCACCAUCAUCGGAGCAGCUCGUGCGGUCAGCCUGAAGGCGUGAUCCAUGUCGACGAUCCCAUGCAUCCCCUUCAUCACCCGGACGGCUUUGCCCCUACCCCUGCAUUCGAUGAUCACACGUCCGAGCUAGAGGAACCCACUGAAUACGAGGAGCCCAUUCUUGCCGCCGAUGAGAUGCGCCCAGAAUCGGCCUAUCUGCACCCUGCAGUUUCCCCUACCUUUGAACACAGAGGAAGCUUCGAUGAAGAUGAGCAUAGGCGGACGCCUAGCUUCUCACAUAGUCGUUCUAACAGCAGGCCAGCAAGUGCCGGAGGUGCCCCUAUGCUAACUCGCUACGACUCGCGUGAGACGCAUGAGGAUAACCACACGCCGCUGGAAGAUGUCGAGGAAUACGAGCCCCUCUUUUCUGAAGACGAGUCUAAGAAGGAUGGUCCCAUCUCAGCAGCAGAGCGCUUCAAAAAGCGUCCGGACAACCUCAAGCACCGAUUCCCUAGUCAGGAUAUCUGGGAAGAUACCCCCAACAGUCUGCAAUACUACACUACUGUGACGACUCCGGACCUCCCCAAGCGUGGCUCCUCUGAGAGCUUUGAGACACCCGAGCAGGAAGCCGCACGCCGCAUGAAGACAGUCAAAAUGGAUUCUCACAAGGUGGCUAGUCAUAUUCUUGAGGGCGAUAAUGCUCGUGGUAAGGACAAGGGUUCGCGACCAGACUACAAGCGAUUCCCCAGCCGAGACAUCUGGGAGGAUGCUCCCGAUAGUCAGCAACUUGUGACUACCGUCGAACCCGCCACAGAUGAAGUCAAGAGCCCCGAUGCUUCCAAGCCUUCAAUUCCUCCGCGCCCGCAGAGACAAGCACAAUCAACAUCUCCCACAGAGAAGCGUCAGCCGCCGGGGAUUCCAGACCGACCCAAGCCUCAGAUCCCAACCCGGCCUGCAAAGUCUAGCUCCCAGGCUUCAGCCGAGGGCGCAGCCAUAUCUAAGGCGAAGCCCACGAUUCCAGCCCGGCCUGGUGGCAGCAAAAUUGCAGCUCUGAAGGCUGGCUUCCUCACAGACUUGAACUCGCGCCUCCAGCUUGGUCCUCAACAACCCAAGCCCCAGGAGACAGAGCCCGAGCCAGCGGCCGAGAAGCAGCCAUUGAGCGAUGCCCGCAAGGGAAGAGCCCGUGGCCCGACUCGGAGAAAGCCCGCCGUAGAGAAUGCCAACGCCCGACUACCCACCAUCCCCGAGAUCAAGAUCACCACGGCAUGGAACGUCUGGUCAGUCGGAGAGGACGGUGAUCUGACCGUCGGCAACGAGGCAUCUCCCACCAAGACUGAAGCCGCCAUUCCGUCCGAAUUCCCUGCAGCCCCCAAACUGGCCAAGAACACAGCUGGUGAACCUGUCGACCCAACCCCGCAAUCGCCAGCCGCUGAAAUUGUCUCACCCGGCACCGUCCAACCAAGCAUCGACCCUGUUCCCGCCGAACCCGAGACCACAGAACCAGUCGAAACCCCCGUGAUACCAACCGAGCCCGCACUUAAGAAAGACUCGCCUGGAGAAUCUCCACCAGGAGCCAGAGCCCUUUCCGAAGCGGCUCCAAUUUCCACAAAGCUAGAUGACGCCCUAGAGGACAUGGCCGCAACAGCCGACGGCAAGCGGUCAUCUGACGGCGAAAUUCAUGCAGCCGAGGAGUUCUAA